AGGGAGCGGUGGGGCAGCCCGGCCGGCCCUUCCCGACCCCGCCGCGUUGCAGCUGGGGCCGUAGGAAGCGUCGAGGCUGUCUCUCCUGCUUUUUAAAAACCCAAAAUGUCUGAAGCCAAGCAGAGGAAAAAAGGUGUUUCUUCAUCCAAGACCAAUGAAGGUUCACAGAAGGGUGAAAGGCACAGUAAUGGUGGGAAGAUGGCAAGUUCCAAGACCAGCAAUAAUCGGAACACGUUUUGGAUGGACUCAAGGACAGGCUUGAGUGUCAUUUCCCUUGCUAUUUGCCUGGUGCUGACCUGGUUCCUAUUUCAGCAGUCCAAUCAAUUUGCUGAUAUGGAAAAAAAGUACAGUUUUUUACAGCAAGAAGCUGAAAAAUUCCUAGAUGUGGAAAACAAAGUUAACUUAAUUUCUAAAAAGCUUGAGUCUUCUGAAAGUAUCCUACAAGAAGCUGCCUCAUCCAUCUCUGUGAUGACUGAGUUUGAACAGGAAAUCUCUUCUCUUCAUAACAUCAUAAGUGAUAUACAGAACAAUGAAAAAACUCUCUCUCUAGAGAUGCAGAGCAUUCAUGAGAAGUUCCAAAGCAUUACAAACUCCUGGAGAAGAAGCUUGGAUGAAUUGAACACAAACACUAGCAGUUUAAAGUCCGCAGCAAAGCUCAUCCAUACGGAAGUUACUUCCCAAAUUAAUGAAGUUGACCAAAGACUUAAAUCCCUUUCAGAAAGAGUAAGAGAUUUGGAAGACAGUACAGCCAGAAAUAUUAAGACACUAAAAAGGCAAGAGGAGGAUGAAUUCUCUAGAGUUGAACAAAAGCUGGACUCGCAAGCAAAGGCAGUUGAAAAGCUAGAAGAACUGCAGAAUAGUCUGGUAGCCAAAGACACAGACCUGAAUCAGAAACUGGUGAACUAUGAGCCUAAAAUUGAGGAGUGCAAGACCUACCUGCCAACAAUUGAAAAUGCUGUUCACUCUAUUCUUAGGUUGUCAAGUGAAAUGCUGAGUAUGGAGAACAAGAUAGAGGACUUGACAAGACAGCUCUAUGCUGCAGAAAAUGAUGUGCUGAAAACUGCUUCUGACACAGCAGAGAUGCAAAAGAUCCUUGAAAGCAUACAGGAAAAUAACAGCAUGUUGAAAGUGCAAAACAAAGAAGUGGGUUUAGAAGUGGUAGUGCAUGAUGCAAAAGCAUCUUCAGAAGCAACAGGAGUGACUUCAGAAAGCUAUAACUCAGAAAAUGACCAGGAGGAGGAGAAGUGAAUUGGGACUCAGAGUUUCUCAUUGAAGGAAGAGCACUUUAUUUUAAACAGCGUCACUCCUACAUAUGUUAAGGAUAGCUGAAGUAUUGUCACUAGUCUAAAUAGGCAUUGCAUCAGGCUGACAGGCUUCUAGGAGAGGCUAGAGAGCAAGAAAUGUUAUGUUGAAGGAGGAAAGGAGUAUUUUCUUCAGGAUUAUUUUCAGCUUAUUUGUUAAAAGUUCAUUUUAAUAAAGAAUUUGAAGCAAAGUAUUUGGGUCUGAAAGGGAGAAAGAAGUUAAAAUGAGAGCUCAUCAGAUGACAAUUUAUAUUUCAUUUUCACUAGGUGAUAUUUCACAUUGUUACUUUUGGUAUUAUAUUCCAGGGACUUGUAAGACAACAGUUUAAGCUCUGUCACCUGUUAUAUGCUAUGUAAUGUUUUUGUACUUUAUGGUACAAGAGCAGAGAUUUUACUGUGAUCUCAGUGCAGGAAAGCACUGAAUAGGUUUGUGACAGCUGAAGCUUGGUUCCAGCAGCAUGACAGAAAAGUAAAGUACAUGUGACUGAGAACCUCCUCUUGUUACCAGUAUUCCUAGGCAUAGGGUUGUACAGCUGGGGUUAUCUUUUGUUUCUUUGACCUCAUGCAGAGAGCUUCCUUAAACCUCAUUCCUAGCAUUUUCAAACUUCUUAAAAGCACUGCCACAGUUUUUGUUCUGCCACUGAGGUUGUUGGACUGCAUAGAGAUUUAAGCUCUUAUUAACAGAUAGUCCUGUUAGAGCCUUUUAAUUCACCAGCUUGGUGUGAUCAGUCACUGCAUUGGUUUGAGAGUUUGGGUUGUUAUGGAGCUGCUGGAAACGAGUCUGAGUCUUUUCCUAGGUAGGAUGAUCUCUGUUAGGGAUUACAGACAUGUCUGGUUUUGUGUUACAUUCCAAAGGAAGACAAAAGACCUCAUGUCACUGUUUCCCAAAGUUGUGGUGUGUUAAGAGCUGCAGAAGCAAUUAAUGAAAGCCAUGGAGUGACUUGGAGGCAGGGAACAUCUAAUUCCUGCAUAGGUCUAAUAGAUCUACUUACAUAGGACGUAGAACUACUUAAUAGGACUGGGAGCUAUUCAUUGACAUUUGAUCUCAGGACUACCCUAAAUUGAUAACUACAGACUUAGGUCUUGAGAAUUUCCAAUUGCUGAACUCAGGAGAGGAGAUGUAAUAUAACCCCAUGAUAUUACAAACCAAUCAGGCUUAAAUUACUUGCUUCUGGGUUUGUAAAUUCAUUUGUUUCUAGAUUCCUGAAUGGGUGGUAGAGUUCUUAAACCAACUUUUCUCAAAGGCUUUCAGUUUCACGUAUUUCUGUAUCAAUUUGUAUCUGUUUGUAGUCAUAUUCAAUAAAAUCCACACUCUGGCUGUACAUUA